AUGAUAGUUACUCCACACUUUAUGAAAAAGGCGAUUAAACAACUAAACUUGGGAUCUUUGUCUGCAAAUCUAACAUUCGCUUGCGAACAAGACUGUCGUAUUGGUGUGGCUCAAGCAUUUGUUGAUUCAUAUGCUUUAGAAAUUCAACCAAUAUUCUCCGACUUUUCACAAAAAGUAACGAAAAAUCUUUAUUAUAACACGUCACUCAGUAAAAUCACGACGGAUCCUUCCUUGGUAUCUAGCAUUCUAAAAUCAAUUUAUACUUCAACAAAAGAUUUGGUUAAUAAGACAUUACCGCAAACCGUAAUUUCCGAAUCGCCAAGAAAGAUUCACGAUGCCAUAUUUGAAACAGAACCAAAGUUUAAAGGGGAUUGCAAUCAUCCAAAGAGGGUGACACAACCUCCAUCCGGUGUUGCUUGGACCUUCGACGAUUGCAAAAACAUGGAUUAUAUUUGUGGUAAUCCUCCUUCCGUUUGUCAUUUUUUUGAAGAUAACCGAAGUAGAAGCAUUAAAGCCAUUGUUGAUGAUGUCAAAUUCCAUUGUUCUAGUGGCGAAUUUUACGAUAUGAUCAUGAAUAAUAUUAAAACCGUUGCCACUCAUGAUGGAUUAGAAUCAGAUAAUGUAAAUUACCUGUUGGAACAAACUGGCAUGACAAUAAAACAAUACAUAGACGAAUUUCCCGCUACUUUUCAAAUGAAAUUCUGCAGCAAUAACACGUGUAAUAAAUAUGAUCACAAAAUCAAAGAAUUACUUUUAACGUUUCCUUAG